UAAAAACGGGCCGCGCCGCUGCCAGCCACUCAAAGUGCUUCUUGAAACUGACCGGACCGGUGAGAACGCAGCGCACCGCAGCGGAUUAAGAACCUCACAGAUACUCAGAUCCUCAGAUCCUCAGAUCUUCAGAUCCCUCAGAUACAUAUCUUUUUUUUGGACAUCUUUUUUUUUGUGCGUGUGUUGCAGGGCCGCGAACCCCGAAAACCUCCAAAAAAGAACCACAAAACGAACUCGUCCGCCAACAAACGAAUCCAAGAGUCUCGUAUCUGUGAGAUAGUGCCAAACUCGAAAGAGAUUUUUGAAACCCAGUCUUGCAGUUCGCCGCCAGACAACGCUACUUCGACCCGAGGAUGAAGUGCCAACUGCUUUUCGUGGCCGCCGUGUGCCUGGUCUCCGUGUGGGGCCUGCCUGUGCCGGACGAGGAAGUGGCCAUCCAGCCCGACGGUGGCUCAAAGGCCGAGCUCCUGGGCAAGACCGUCCAGACCAAUCCCAUCGAGCCAGCUCCCGCCAAGCCAGAACCGGAGAAGGUUCCUGAACCGAAGAGUGCCCCAGCUCCCGCUGCCGCCGCCGCUCCCGCUCCUGUCGCCACUCCGACUUCUGCCCCGGCCGCUGCCGCUCCUGAGGUCACCGCUGAUCUGAAGUCCAGCGCUCCGGACGUAGAAACCGCCCCGGCCAUUCCCGAGAAGAAGAUCCUGCCCGAGGAGACCAAGACCGUUGAGGAGCCCAAGGCCCAGCCUCAGGAGAUCCCCGCCGAGACCGAGAAAAAGCAGGAGAAGUCCGCCCGCACGGAGUCCGAGGUGGAGGAGCCCAAGGCCAUUCCCCUGGUGGAGAGCCCCGUUGCCAACGUAGAGGUCCAGAAGCAGGUCGUCGACGAGGAGACCAAGUCCCUGGAAGUGCCUACUCCCGCCGAGAAGGAAGCCACACCUGCCGAGCAGCCCGCCCGCCAGGAGCGCAUCAACGAGAUUGAACAGAAGGAGGCUGCCAAGAAGGAAGAGGCUGCUCCGGAGUCCGCUUCUGCCGCCCCGGCUGCCCCUGCCGCUCCCGCUGCGCCUUCCGCCCCCGUUGCCCCCGCCGAGCCCAUCGCCAAGUCAGAGUCCAACAUUCAGGUGAUCGCUCCUGCCCAGCCCGAGACCAAGUCCGCUCCCGCCGUUUCGCCAGGCGCCCAGAUCGCCCAGGCCAAGUCCGCAGCUGCCCCCGCAGCCGCCGCCGCCCCAGCACCCGCCCCCGAGCCGGCCCAGCCCGUGGAGCAGCAGAAGAACACCGAGUCCGCCGCCGAGCCCUCGCCUGUGCUGAAAACCAACCCCGAGCAAGAGACGGAGGCGGUGAAGGAGCAGCCCUCUGCUGAGGUUGAGCAGACCAAGACCCUGCCGGAGAAGAAGGAGGAGAAGGUAGAGGCUGCCCCUGCACCUGAGGCCAAAAAAAUCGAUGAGGCACCCGCUGCUCCAGAGCCCGUGGCCGAGUCUGCCCCGGCUCCAGCUCCUACUCCAGCUUCAGCUCCUGCUCCAGCUCCAGCAGCCGAGCCCGCCGUGCCCUCGGAGCCAAAGAAGUCCUCAAACGAGAAGGCAGAGAAGUCCGAGUCGAAGAACGAGGAGUCGUCCGAGUCCAAGGAGUCGGAGGAGAGCAGCGAAUCCAAGGAGGACUAAGGAGGAGGACCUAGGGAGUAAGAGAGCUUUACCCAAUCCACGCCCGACGAAUCCCCAGGACCACUUAAGCUUACGAACGUAGUUAGUGGUAUGCUUACAAUUAGCUGUAAAAACAAAAUCACGCAAGGACGCAAAACCGUAAGGAUCAGCAAGGAUCUGGAGCAGAUUCAAUAGCAAUAGCAAUAGAAACCACCACAACAAACAGGACAACCGCUAAGAUGGCAUAAAGUUAUACUUAUAAUUUUAAUUUAAUUAAUGUAAUUUUUUAAUUAAAUUUUAGUCAUUGCAAGAGACCGACCUGUCACCUGUCACCACAUCCACCACACCCACAAGACUCCUCCUGCUCCACACACCGCCAACCGAACACGCACCCGACCCCCCACACACUUUUUUUUUGUAUUUUUGAGUUCUAAAAUAAUGACACCUACAUUUAAAUAUACCGAUAGUGUUAUAACGUAUAUAUGCGCAAAAGUAUAUAUGAUUUUAUAUAGACUGAGAAAAUUCUUAAAUAAAAAGCGAAAAACUA